UUGUGAAGUAUUUAUUUUUUUGGGUAAGUUUUUUUUUUUAGUAAUGGGGCGCUGAAGGAGUAGACUAAGGGUAAAAACAUUCCUUUAAUUUGAGUACAAGUAAAAGUUGACUUUAUUGGAAUUGAAAAGACAGUUUCUGCUGCCUCUGUUUGAAUCUGCCUGGAGGAACAAUGAGGAGAGCUGUGGUUCAACUCCCUCUCUUUGGGCUUCUGAUGGCUGUGGUUGCUGCAAUACCAAACAAGGAUGACUGGGACAUUUACAGCUUUCACAUCAACUCUACUGUGACCGGUCGCUAUGCCACCACCAUCAUCACCAGUCGUGUGGCCAAUCGUAUGGAUGAAUCAAGAGAAAUUGAAUUUCACGUCCAGAUUCCCAAGAAUGCCUUCAUCAGUAGAUUCACAAUGUUUAUUGAUGGUCAAGUGUAUGAUGGGGUUGUGAAAACUAAAGAGCAGGCUCAGCAGCAGUACACUGCCGCUGUGUCCCGUGGUCAAAGUGCUGGGAUUGUCAGCUCUGUAGGGAGAACUAUGGAGGAAUUUAAAACGUCAGUAAACGUGGCAGCCCACAAAAAGGUGACCUUUGAACUCACCUAUGAGGAACUGCUGAAGCGCACACAUGGCAAAUACGAGAUGCUGAUCCAUGCUCGACCCAUGAAGCCUGUCAAAGACUUCAAAGUUGAUGUGUACAUUUAUGAGAAAGCUGGCAUCAGUUUCAUUGAUGUAAAGGGAGGACUGAGCACUAAAGCCCUGGCUAAUGCCAUCACCAAAACACAUGCAGAGAAACAGGCUUGGGUGUAUUUCUAUCCAACAGAAGACCAGCAGAAAUCAUGUGACAGCUGUGGAGAGGAAGGUAUGAAUGGAGAUCUGAUUAUUGUUUAUGAGGUGAACCGAGACAACGGACUGGGAGACAUCAAGACAUCAGAUGGGUACUUUGUCCAUCACUUUGCUCCUAGUAAUCUUCCCAGAAUACCGAAGAACGUUGUCUUUGUUAUCGAUCAAAGUGGCUCAAUGCAUGGCAGAAAAAUACAACAGACCCGAACAGCUUUACACCAUAUUUUGAAUGACUUGGCAGAAGAGGACUUCUUUGGUCUUAUCAGUUUUGAUAGUGCAAUAUUUCACUGGAAACGGGAACUUGUUCAGGCCACAACUGUAAAUCUCGAAGGGGCAAAAGAAUUUGCACGUAAUAUUAAAGACAGAGGAGCUACAGACAUCAAUGCAGCAGUUUUGGAAGGAGCCCGUAUGCUGAAUGCACAUCCCAGACAAGGUUCUGCUUCCAUCCUUAUACUUCUCACAGAUGGAGACCCAACCUCAGGUGUGACAGAUCUCGAAAUGAUACAGUCCAAUGUAAAACAAGCCAUUGCAGACAAAUUCCCACUCUACUGUCUUGGUUUUGGGUUUGAUGUCAAUUUUGGGUUCUUGGCGAAAAUGUCAAUGCAGAACAAUGGUGUGGCAAGGAGGAUUUACGAAGACUCUGAUGCAGAUUUACAGCUGAAGGGUUUCUAUGAAGAGGUGGCCACUCCUCUGUUAAUAGAUGUGGAAAUGAUCUAUCUGGGCGGAACCAAUCUAACCCAGACUAAUUUCAGUCAGUAUUAUAACGGCUCUGAGAUUGUGGUGGCCGGGGAGAUCAUUGAUAACAACAUUGAAACUUUUACUCCGCAAGUUGUGGCCAUUUCACAGAGUGAAAGAAAAGUGACAUUUUCUAAUACAAACCGCUCUGUGGAUUCUUCUACUGAGACAGUCGCUGAGGGACUUCUUCAGAGGAUUUGGGCCUACCUCACAGUUAAACAACUUCUGGAGAAAGAGCUGCUUCUUUCUGGCCCUGAGAAAGAAAAAGUGAAAGGAGAGGCUUUGGAGCUGUCUCUGAAGUACAACUUUGUGACUCCACUCACAUCCAUGGUGGUCACCAAGCCUGACGGGGAGAACACAGAAGUCCUUCACAAACCCAAGGAGGGAGAAUCACAAAAGAUUCAAAGUUAUGGUGGAUCUUCAUAUUCUUUUUCUCAAGGUUAUGGUGGAUCUUCAUAUUCUUUUUCUCAAGGUAGGUAUGAUACAACAGGCUUUACUCUGAACCACCACAUUAAAAUCACAAUGAGAUUUAAGCAGUGCUUCCCAAAGCAUGUCACAUGGCAGGUAACCUCUGAACAGGUACUUUUAGUAGGCCGUUUCACCCAAACCUCGACCAAUCCAGCGCGGUCUGCAGCCCACAGAAGUUCUCUUUUGUUUGAUUCUGCUGGUGUUCCUGCUCUUGGUGGUGCUCCUGGUCCUUCUGGUCGUAUUGGUCUUCCUGAAUUUGGUAUUCUUCGUGGACGUUUUGGGUAUGUCAGACCUACUUCGACUCCUGGGCGAUCAGCAUCUGUUACUCACAGAUUUUUGGUGAAAACUGAAAAUCAGUCUACACCACUUUGCUUUGAUAUCAAUGGAACCAUCAUUCUUAAACUACUUGACCAUCCCAGCAAGGAGGUGUAUGUGAAUGGUGAGCUGGAUUCAGUAACAAAUGGGGGCUUCAGCAGGAUUUUCAUCCAUGCCGGCUCUGACCAACAUGUUGAGGUGGAACCAGAUGGGUUUCGACAAGGACGGUCUGCAAUACACCAACCCGCAAAUGACAGUGUGACAACUGGAAGGAUUACGGUGUUGAGGCACCAGUACAACGAAUUCGAUAUUGCAGUGGAGGACGUGCGUUUGGUCAUAUUAGUUCAUGAGAAAGAUGGUAACAGAUUUCUCUGGGCUGUUUUACGACAGAGGCCGUUAGCCAACAACAUUAAAGGAAUUUUAGCUUUGAAGCCAGCUGACUAUGAAGAGAUUGUAUCAUCUCCCUCAACCAAACUGAAGAUCAAAGACAGAGAGAUUAUUGUGAUCAGCUCCACUGCAGAUGACUACAGCAUUAUCAAGCCUGUCCUGAUGCGCUGUUGGCUUACAUCAACUCGCUAUGCCUUGGAGAAACCUUUGAACGAUUACAUUGCUGCACAACUUUAAUGGAAAGUCACACUAAAUGAUUAAGAAAAAAAUGCUAAUUGAAAGGAAGAAAAAGAUAAUUUAACUUGUUAACAACUUUGACGAACAAAAGUAAUUUUUUCUUGCCAACAAAAUAUUUUCAAAAAACAUUACAAUUAAACCAUGAUGAUUAAAAGGACCCUUGGAAGAAGUUAAAAUAAGAAAACUAAGCUGAGUCUAUCUAUUGAGCUUAACAAUCUUUGUCCAAGUGUGUUGAAAUAUUGAGAAAUCCUCUUAUGGUUGGCUGUAAUAAACAAAAUAUGUAUGAUUCAGUUGACUUUAAGUUCCUUGAGAUGUGUGGUGAAUUGGUGCUAUAUAAAUUGAACUGAAUUGAACUGAAUUGUUUUUUGGCAAAUGCUAAUAAUAUGACAAUGGCUAAAUGUAAAAACAGACAAUUACUUGCAGGUCCCAGUUGUUCACAUUGUUUAAAAAUUCCUACCUUAACAUUUUAAUCUAAACAAAUAUCUAGAAUACUCAUAUAUCCUUCGCAAAAAAAGAAUUGUGAUUUAACCUUAUCAGCUUAACAAAGACAAAAACAUUUCUGAACAUGUCAGAACAUUUUGUUCCUAAUAGAAAGUAUAAAUUAAAUAAUUAAUUUUUAAUGUAACACAAAUAAAAUCCUUGAAUAACUCA